CAACCCAAUUCGACCACGCUUCCGCCGCACCUUCUCCCCUACCGCCUCCGAUGGCCACGACGACGGCGACGGUGACGGCGCGGGCGGCCAACGCCAACUUCGUAGCGACACCAGCGGCUCCGCAUCCUCGGCCCGUCGUGCCACCCGCUCCCCGGGCCCCCUCCACCUUGGGUCCCGUCAAGUCGGAGGCCCCUCCGGCCCCCUCGUCCACUACCUCCGCCGCCGCCCCCGCUGCCGCCGCAUCCGGACCGGAGGAUCCAUCCUACAUCAUCACCAUCCCGAGUUAUUCAGCGUGGUUCUCGUUCGACUCCAUCCACGACACUGAGCGCCGCCUCCUGCCGGAGUUCUUCGAGGGGGAGGCCGCGGCGGCGUCCGGAUGCCGGGGCCCGGGCGCGUACAAGUACUACCGCGACAGUCUGAUACGGAGAUUCCGGGCGCGGCCGGGUCGACGGCUCACGCUCACGGAGUCCAGGCGGGGACUGGUCGGCGACGUCGGCUCCAUCCGCCGCGUAUUCGACUUCCUUGAGGAAUGGGGGCUCAUCAACUACGGUGCUUUGCCGUCAGGCUCAAAGCAGGCGAAAGAGAAGAGGGAAGAGGCUGCACCACAUUCGAUUUCUUCUGGGGCAACAGCACCCAGGAAGCUUUGUACCGGGUGCCGCACUGUGUGCGGGCUUGCUUACUUUGCCUGCGACAAGGUGAGUGUUUUUGAAUUGUGGACUUGGUAUAUAUAUGAAUUUUCCGUUACGGAUAUACAUAUGUGUAACAUGGCAUAAUUUUUCUGUUACGGAUAUUUGGGAUGGACCACCAAUUAGCUACACUGCAGUACAAAAUCACUUUUUUUCUUGGCUGGCAGCAUUAAGAUAAAUUGGGCUGCAAAACCCGCAUCUUUUGUUUCUCUUGAUAUGUAAUAGAAGGAGCAAAAUAGUUCUGUAGUUAUGAGUUCAGCCAUGUAUCAAGAAAUUCAUUUGGCGGGGGUUGGAUGUGUUCCUGGUUGGUCCAUGUUAUCUCCAUUGACAUGUCUCCUGCAAAGGGUAUUAGGAUAAGUGAGCGAGCAGCCUUUUUGACAAAAUCCAUGGUGUACAUAAGCAUAUGUUUCUUUGAUCAUUGUUAUAUUUAGUUGCUUAUGAAUUUUAAACUGAGGGCAUGGUGAAACUUUUGUGCACAGAAUUACCUACUAACAUUGAAGUAUUUAUCUUUCUUAUUGUUGUCAAGAAAGGUCUUUAAAACUGGUGGGCAAACAAGCUUGUUGUCUUGUUGAUAAAUGGUGGGUGUUGUUUCAGGAAUUCCUAAAUUUUGUUUCUUUGUUGUACUUAGCCCAGUAGCCCUAUUUUAGAACAAUAUUUCUCAUGUAGGCACAUAAAAAGUGAUUAAGGCAUUUGUGCGCUGCUUCAGCUUUUGUAGUAGCCGCAAUGGUUCAUUGCUUCUUUACUGAGAGUGUGAUUGUGGUCAAAACAUCAUUACAUUAGAAUGAACAUUGAAGUUAGACGCUCUAUGCACCAUAAAAGUGGCAUGGGCAUGCUAUGAGGACUGUCAACAAUACAGAACAAAUUCAUGUCAGUUGAAGUGAGCAACCAAUAUCAUUUCAACUAUUAUGAUCGGCUGAUCGCAUACCAUUCUUACCAUGUUGGCUGAAACUUUUUUGUUGACUUCUUGGAUAUUCUAAUUCGAAGACUUACUAAGUUGUUUAUCUUAACCUUUUGCGUGUGAUCAGGCGGAUAUAAGUCUCUGUGCUAGAUGCUUUUUCCGUAAUAACUUCCGGCCAGGUCUGACUGCUGCAAACUUCAACAAAGUUGAAAUUACUGAAGAUUCAAAGUCUGAUUGGACAGACAAAGAAACUCUUCACUUGCUUGAGGCUGUCUUGCAUUAUGGUGAAGACUGGAAGAAGGUGUCUGAACAUGUUGGUAGUCGAUCAGAAAAAGACUGCAUUGCAAGAUUCAUCCGUCUACCUUUUGGAGAACAGUUCAUGGGACCCAAGGAGGAUAGAAUGGGGUUUGAAAAUGAUGAUGAUACUACUGAUGAACCUGGAACAGAUGUCUCAAAACGGCUACGCCUCAGUCCACUGGCAGAUGCAAGCAAUCCGAUUUUGGCUCAGGUUGCAUUCUUAUCGGCCAUUGUGGGUUCUGAUGCUGCCUCAGCUGCUGCUCAAGCAGCUAUUUCUGCACAAUCCCGUAUUGAUCUAAAUGAUGAAGAGAUUGAUUCUUCAAUAAAUAGCACCAGGGAAGAAGGCAAUGAUUUGCUGAAAGAGGCUGCCGCUAAUGCAAGGGCACAACUUGAAAAAGAAAGGAAUGGCAUAGAGCAAUCUUUAUCCGAUAUAGUGGACGUCCAGAUGAAGGAAAUCCAAGAUAAAAUAUGCCGUUUCGAGCAUAAGGAGAUGCUGAUGGAGAAAGAGCGACAGCAGCUUCGCUGCCUUAGGGAUUUGCUUUUCACAGAUCAACUGGCGAUCAUGCAACAUCAACGCAAGCCCCAAGCUGUAGCCGCAGAGAGCAAAUAUGACGAGGAGCCAAAACCCAUGAUUAACAUAAGUUGAUUCAAAUAGAGGGUUUUUUUAUCGAAACUGGAAAUGGUUCCUCAGCCUGACUGGAACGACAGUUGUGAGAAUUGGACAUAGGUCUGCACCAUUUAGCUAACUUAUUUCCCCCUUCGGUUGCCUGACUCUAGUUGUAUGUUCAAUCCAUGUGCGUUCGCCUCAGAUGUUAUAGGAAGCAAGGGCGAUGACAAUUCUUUACAAUCUAGCUAAUGAGAAUGAUUGAUUUCCUUUCCUCAAAUCUUAUUGCACAAAAGAAGACCUAAAGUAGCAUGGAUCAGCAGUUGUAAAUUGAUGAAGUGGUAAUGGUUUGAAUCGGCCUCAGUCGU